AUGGACUCUGCACCCACCACUCCUCUCAGCAAGAGAAUGACGUUCGCUCCCUCUGCGCCUGUUGGUGUGGUUUGGGAUACGUUGAAGGCCUAUCAUCAGGGCAGCCAUCAGGGGGCUGACAGCAUGGACCUGGAGGCCCCCAUUACCCUGGAGGUGGCAGUAGCUAGCUUCCCUAAUGGUAAGGCUCCUGGCCCGGAUGGGCUCCCUAUUGAGGUCCCCAUUGACAACCCGGGUAACAGGGCUUUACUCGCCUUGGAUAUCGCAAAGGUGUUUGACAGUGUGGAGUGGUGCUAUUUGUGGGCGGUGUUAUCCGCCUUUGGCUUUGGUCCUAAUUAUUGCAGCAGCUCUGCACUCAGAAAUUUCAGCUCCUCCUCAGCUUGUUUACCAUCUCUGAGCAAGCACAGCAUCAACUCUGUCUCCACAAAGAAAGUAUCCAUCGGCCACAAGGUCUAUCCAAGUUUUGGUAGCAAAAGUGUGUACAGUGUCAUCUCUGGAGGACAUAAGAUGUCGGUUGGAGGAGGUCACUCAAGAUUUGGACAUGGCUAUGGACAUAGUUUUGGUGGAUCUUGCAAUGCAGGCAUUGUCCCUGUUACUGUCAACCAAAGUCUACUGGCACCUAUGAACCUGGAGAUUGACCCAAAUAUCCAGAGAGUGAGAUCUGAUGAAAAGAACCAAAUCAAGGGACUCAACAACAAGUUUGCCACUUUCAUUGACAAGAUGUUUGAGGCUUUUAUUAGCAACCUCAGGAGACAGCUAGAGAGUCUCGCAUGUGAAAGAAUUCGUCUGGAGACAGAAAGAAGGAACAUGGAGGAAGCAGUGGAAGAAUUCGUGACAUAAUUUCCCAAACACAUAUAGCUACAUGAUGUUAAUCCUUCCUUAUCUUUCUCUUUCUCUAAGGAUGUGGAUGAAGCAUUUUUGAAUAAGACAGAACUUCAAACUAAAGUGGAUUCUCUAACUGAUGAGAUCAACUUCCUGCGGGCACUAUUUGAUGCAGAAAUUGCUCAGCUGCAAGCCCAGAUUUCAGACACUUCAGUUAUUGUGUCCAUGGACAACAGCCGAGACCUGGACCUGGAUGGUAUCAUUUCUGAAGUCAAGGCUCAGUAUGAAGAGAUUGCUAAGAAGAGCAGAUCUGAGGCUGAGUUGUUGUACCAAAGCAGAUAUGAAGAGCUGCGUAUGAGUGCUGGAAGACAUGGAGACGACUUGCGUAAUACCAAGAAUGAAAUUGCCGAACUCAACCGUGCCAUUCAAAGACUUAAAGGAGAAAUUGAGAGUGUGAAAGAUCAGCGUGCAAAACUGGAAGCUGCCAUAUCAGAAGCUGAAGAACAUGGAGAGGUGGCAGUCAGAGAUGCAAAAAAUAAAUUGGCUGAGCUAGAGGAAGCUUUACAGAAGGCCAAGCAGGACAUGGCUCGCCAACUGAGAGAAUACCAGGAACUAAUGAAUGUCAAACUGGCUCUGGAUAUUGAGAUUGCCACCUACAGGAAACUGUUGGAAGGAGAAGAAUGCAGACUAUCUGGAGAGGGAAGUGGUGCUUUUAGCAUCUCUGUACUGCACUCCAGCAGUGGAGGAUCCCGUGGAGGAAGUGGACAUCAUCACAAGAGCGGAAUUAGCUCAAGCAGCCUGUCUAAAGGGAAAUAUAGUUCAGGACAUGGCCAUAGCUAA